UCUGCAAACUGGGAGAGACGUCAGUGAGUCAUGGAGGACUGCGGCAGCCUCAUAGAGUUUGAUGUACCGGAGUUCAGCAACACCGUCCUUAACCAGCUCAAUGAGCUCCGUCUCCAGGGCAAGCUGUGCGACAUCAUCGUCCACAUUCAAGGGCAGCCGUUCCGUGCCCACAAGGCCGUUUUGGCCGCCAGUUCACCGUACUUCCGCGAUCAUUCUGCACUGGGCACGAUGAGUGGCCUCUCUAUAUCAGUAAUCAAGAGCCCUGAAGUGUUCGAACAGCUGCUGGCCUUCUGCUACACCGGCCAUAUGGCGUUGCGCCUGCGCGACGUCAUCAGUUUCCUCACGGCUGCCAGCUUCCUCCAGAUGCAGGCUGUGAUAGACAAAUGCACGCAGAUUCUCGAGGGUAUUCACUCUAAGAUCAGCAUCCCAUCGCCUGGAGAAACAGAUCCGGACAGCGAUUGCGCCACCUCAAGGGCUGUAUGCAACGGUGUAAAAGACAGAGGUAUUUUUGUAAACCCAACGCAGAUUUCGCCACCCUACUAUUCACGCCAGAAUCAUUCAAGUAAGGGGGUGUUGCAGCAAGUGGAGGAAGGACAGUCAGACCGGGCGAGCAGCGAUGGCGUUUCUGAGCAGGAGGCGUCAAUGGAGGUUGAGUCAGAACAGGUGGAACUCAUAGGAAAGGAUGGGCAAGUGACUGACAUCCAUAUCAAGGUAGAGAAAUCGGAACGACCCAGUUACUCGGACAGCUCGUCGGCAGGUGAUGAUGGCUACCACACCGAGCUAGUGGAUGGCGAGCAGGUGCUAGCUGUUAGCGUGGGAUCUUACGGGCCCAUACAUCCCUCUGCCGGAUAUACCUACUCUGCACUGCCUUCACCAUGUUUCGUCAGCCUGAGUUCCUCCAGCCCCUCUCGCUCCUUGCUCAGCAGCGUCCGUGGUGGUCGCGCCCGGCCAAAACGUCCCGUGCCCCUUCCAGCUGAUUUGCUAACCCAACUCAAGCCUGGUGCCGAAGAAACCGAUGGAGCUGCAGCGGCAACCGGAUUUGAGAACGAUGUACGGGAACGAAGUAUUCGUGGCCAGUGGUACCCCUACAACGAGCGCCUCAUUUGCAUUUACUGUGGCAAGUCCUUCAACCAGAAAGGUAGUCUGGACCGCCACAUGCGUCUGCACAUGGGCAUAACGCCCUUCGUCUGCAAGUUCUGCGGCAAGAAGUACACUCGCAAAGAUCAGCUAGAAUACCACAUCCGCGGCCACACGGACAACAAGCCCUUCAACUGCCAGAUCUGUGGCAAAUGUUUCCCUUUCCAAGGCACACUCAACCAGCACUUGCGCAAGAAGCACAUGAUCUCCGGCACAGAAGUCAACAAUCACACAGACUUGCUGGCAGAGGCACCUGAUGGCCAGAGGGGGGAGCAAGAGGACACCUCAGAGGGUGAAGUAGCCUACCAAGCAGCGUACGAUGAUGAUGCGUCGACUAAAAACGCAAGUGAAGAGAGUGGCAAGUGUAGUCCAGAGGAAGCCCCUGCAUCCAAAUGUGAUUAUUAAGAAAUACGCCUCAUUUAUUUGGGUGUUUGGCUUAAAUCUUUUCAAGAUAAAGCCCAUCAGUUUUUAAAGAAUGACAAGAAAUAGUGAACCUGCCUUGCGCGUUUUCUACUCGUCCAUUUUUGUGGAAGUUCUUCACAGGACUAAGAUCAAGAGAAUGUUUUUAAGGAGUUUUUCAAAGGGAAGGAGUCCUAUAAUCUGGGAAACAAAUAACAGGGGAGACGAUCUGUGUAUUCAAGGCCUCCUGAGAGUUUUAUCACAUUUUAUAUAUAUCGCUCUCUAUAUAUAUAUAUUUCCAUGUUUUUCAACAUAUUUACAGAGUAAUAUAGGCAUGUUGCAAUAACGAAUAAUGUGAAAGCUCAGAUGAGACGCUUGUCAUAUCACGCUUUUACCUGACCUAUUUUUGCACAUGUGGCCCAUUGUAGGUCACUCACUCACAAGGAAUGAUUUUUCUGCCAGUGCAAGGCUAAUUGUGACACAUCCGUUCAAUACCUCAUGAUACAACCUCAUUAUACAACCUCAACAUACUCAUACUGGACAGUAUUUUUUAGCUUCUUGUCAACUCCAGCCAGGUUUUACCUCAUAGCAAAGAACCUGAAAGGAGCGGAAGAAGCUUCUCUCGAUAGACACUCUUGUUUUGUUCUCACCGGGUUUGAAUGGAUGCGGUGGUGAAAACCCUGAACAAAACAUCUUCAGUUAUAUAUUCCUUAGUGAUUGUAUAUGAAUUCUGAAUGAAGCUAGUUCAGUUUUCUUUAGCAGCCAUUUUAUCUAUGUUGGGGCGAAAGUGCUACUACAAGGUGUACCUGUGGUGUGUAUUACAGGAUCAAGGAUCCAGUACAAAAUACAAUGAUGGGGUCCCCCGUUUAAAUAAUGCAAUAUUAUUCAAUAGAAUCACAAUCUGUAUCCAUAGUGCUAUCCAUUUCAGUAUAGGUGUAGCUUUAACGUUCAACGCAUAGUUACAAAUAAGUGCUAAAGUUGUAGCCCAAGAUGUGUUAAUGUCAACUUUUUGGCCUUCAUGUGUUUGCUAUCAGUUUGGUGCCAUUUCAUUUAUCUUUUUUUAAGUCAUAUGCAGUUAGUUUUUCUUGGCGCUUAUGUGGAGGGUGUGCCUUUAAAAGAUAAAACCUUAAAAAUGAUAUAUAAAUAUAUGUUUAGGAGACAUGCACAUUGUGGAAAUUGCCUUGGGGCCAUACCACCUUAGAAAGAAAGAAGGGGGGUAUUAUUGCAUUGGUUUCCUAACUCGGUCAGUUGUUAAACUACUUUAAAUGUAUUUAGCGGCCUUAAAAGUGCUUUAAGUAUUGUAUAGGCUUUGUGUAAAUUGGACAGCGAUUACAAGAAGCUCUCCCCAGCUUCUCGCACUUAAUGCAUCUGUACCGACCAAAAGGUUCAGUGUUUCAAUAUAGAAAUGAAUAAUUUACCAAGUUUGACUUCCUGCAGUUAUGAAUGAUAAAUGGUAUGGAGGUAUAUUAUAUAUGUUAGAGAUACACCCAAUUCAAUAGUGCAGGGUUUUCAUACUACAAUAGAACAAUAAGAUAAAGAGCAGCUUAUGUUAAACAGCUAUUUUACACAUUUGGUAUUGUAAAAUGAAAACCCUAGACCACCAUAACUUUUUAUCAGUUUUUAUUGUAGUAUUAGUAGUGCAAAAAACAUACCUUACUCUUUUCUGUUGAACUAUAAGUUAAAACUUAGAGGAAUUGUCACAUCCCAAUAUUAAAUAGAUGGGAUUAUGAUGAAUCGCCACACUGUCUUGGAUCAUUCUAAUAGAUCAUCCAGGUUAUCUCAAAGAGAAUUGGUAUUUCUAUGUGAGCAAUAUACUUGGUUCAUAUUUUAUACUGCUCAUUUCGCCUCCCAGUCUGAAGUAUAUUUAAAUGAUAGUUUCUGAUGCGAAGACAGAUUUAAACAUGCCCGGUUGUCAGAUUCAAGUGCUUUAAAGUUCUCCCGACAUAGUAUUUAGAAAUAGUUUGUACCUGAACACACCCUCCAUACGUUCACUUUAGCAACCAUCAGUUAGCAUAACUAGGUUCGCCCUUUGUAUAAAGACUGCGGUUUUAUCCCAUAAAGACAACUCCUUCAUGCUGUGAAAUGCAACCAGCGUCACACCUUGUUUCUUAAAAGUGAAGUAGAGAAUUUAAAUAUGACUUCCAUUAUGGUGCUCAUUCUUGUUUGUGUAGUAUAAUGUUUACUCAUUUCACAUUUGUUUUAAACCUACAUGCACAUCAAUGUUUAAGUUAAAAAAACAACAA